AUGGCCCGUGAUUAUAUCAGGGUUAAGGAUUGGAUGUAUAUGAAUCGUGAAAAACGCACAAAGCCUGAGUUCAUUGAAGGAGUUGCUUCUUUUAUGAACUUUGUAUGUGAACACGAUAAGAUCCAACAUGGCAUGAUUCUUUGUCCGUGUAGCCAUUGCGGGAAUACUUUGCAUCGUAAAGAGGAAGAUGUAGAACUUCACAUUGUUAAGUAUGGUUUUAUUAGAGGCUAUACAACUUGGGUAUAUCACAGAGAAAUUCUAACUCCCAUUAAUGCCGAAGAAGUUGACGAUAUUAACUUGUUUCCGGAAGAGGAGAUGGAGGAAAUGGUAGAGGUUGCUUUCGGUGACCCUAAUCAUGUUGAAGAUAGUCCUCCCAGACAAGAACAAUAUGUAGAUGAGUAUGAGAAGUACAUGAAUGAUGCUAGGAGACCGAUUUAUGAGAAUGCAAAAUAUUCCACGAUGUCAUGGUUCGUUCAACUUUUCCAGAUUAAGUGCCUAAACAAAUGGGGCAACAAGUCAUUCACGAUGCUUCUUAAAUUCUUGAAAGGUUCUAUACCUCUUGGGAACAAUGUCCGUGAUAGCUGGUAUGAAGCUCAAAAGAUAAUGUCUAAUUUGGGUUUAAAUUGUGAGAAGAUUCAUGCAUGUCCCAAUGAUUGUGUAUUGUACUGGAAAGAAAACUCAUAUAAGAAAGAGUGCCCUACUUGUGGAGUGUCCAGAUAUAAGAAGAAAGCACAUACUAGCAAGAAUAACAUACCUCUCAAGGUAGUACGAUAUUUUCCUAUUACACAGAGGUUGCAGAGACUUUACAAGUGUAAGAAGACAGCGGUGGCAAUGACCUGGCAUGAUCGUGCUCUUCCAAGUGAAGAUGGCAAAAUGAGUCAUCCAAGAGAUUCACCUGCAUGGAAGAAUUUCGAGCAAAACAGAAAGUGUUCACCGGGAAAUAAUAUCGACGUUUAUCCCCGACCUCUCAUCGAAGAGUUACGGUCUUUAUUCAUUAAUGGUGUGGAGACAUAUGAUGCAGAUAAAGGGGAAACCUUCAUAAUGCGUGCAGCCUUAAUGUGGACAAUUAAUGAUUUUCCUGCAUAUGGAAUGCUAUCAGGAUAUUCUGUACAUGGUUAUAAAGUAUGUCCAUAUUGCCACGUGGAUACAACAUCGACAUGGUUGCCUUUUAGCAAAAAGAUAUGUUAUUGUGGUCAUCGACGUAUGUUGAAAGAAGACCAUCUCUAUAGGGAUGUUCACUUUGAUGGUACUACAGAGCACCGAAAGGCUCCAGUCACUUAUCUGGAGCGGAUAUACUUGGUCAAUGGAAUGAUUAUGAAAAUGUGA